UUAAACCCCACCAUUACUGCACUACGAAAAAGCCCACUCCUUUGCAAUUUUGCACCCACCAUUUUUUUCCCCUUUCACAGACUAGGGGCUGCCUCUGCCUUCUUCCACUUCUUCUUCUUCUUCUUCUUCUUCGCUGUUGUCUCUGUGUGUGUGUCUUCAAAGACCAUAUUCAUGUCUGGCUUGUAUGCACAGAAUUUUUCGCCUUCAAGAACUCUGUCUCCACAUAUAAGAACAACCCCUGAUGUUGAUAGUGGUCAGUAUUUGGCUGAGCUGCUUGAAGAGCAUCAGAAGCUUGGACCUUUUACUCGAGUUCUUCCUAUAUGUAGCCGACUUUUGAAUCAAGAAAUAUUGCGGGUUUCUGGAAUGAUCCCCAACCUGGGGUUAAGUGACUUUGAUAGGCUGCAACGUGGAAGCUUGAGCCCUAUGGCUUCUUCUGACUUAUUGCCAAAUAAUAGAAGCACGGGGAUAAUUGGGUGGAAUGGGCUGCCACAUGAGCAGAGAUUAGGAAUGCAGGGGAUGAAUGUGGACUGGCAAGCAGCACCAGCAAGCCCAAGUUCCUAUGUUGUGAAGAAAAUCUUGCGUUUGGAUAUUCCUGUUGAUAGCUAUCCAAAUUUCAAUUUUGUAGGCCGGCUUUUGGGUCCUAGGGGCAAUUCGUUGAAGCGAGUUGAAGCUUCUACAGGGUGUCGCGUGUAUAUUAGAGGAAAAGGUUCAAUAAAAGACCUAGAAAAGGAAGAGUCAUUAAGGGGAAGACCAGGCUAUGAGCAUCUGAGUGAUUCUCUGCACAUUAUAAUUGAGGCUGAGUUAGCUGUCAACAUUAUUGAUAUGCAAAUGAGACAAGCACAAGAAAUCAUUGAAGAACUGCUUAAACCUGUGGAUGAAUCACAGGAUAUCUACAAGAGGCAACAGCUGAGAGAAUUAGCAAUGUUGAAUUCUAACUAUAGAGAAGAGAGCCCUGUACCAAGUGGCGGCGUCUCUCCUUUCAACUCGAGUGGAAUGAAGCGUGCGAAAACCGGCCAAUAGUGUUUCAGGAUCAAAUCUCCUCAUUGGUUUCUUUAAAAAUAUUGUUUUAAUAUUCUUCUGAUUAUAUGUGAAUCCUGUAUAGCUACUAAGAAGUGGUUUGAAGCCAUGGCUGGUAGUUUUCAACCUUUGGUUAUUUGUUGGGUAACACAAAACUUUAACAAGGGAAAGGAAAUAGAAAUUCAUUUGUUAUAACUUUUCUCCAUGUAAUUGCUUGCAGGUGUACUACAAGUAUUAACAAUUGUUAAAUUUAUUCUGUAAUUAACAUGAAGUCUGUAUUAUAUAGAUGCCAAUAGUGGAAUCAGGUGUUGGUUUUGAUUGCUGCUACA